AUGGGAUUUGCCCCAGAACUGUUUGCCUGUGAGCAGGUUGCUGGUGGAUGGUAUAUUGUAGUCAUGGAGCUGCUGAUGGAAUACUGCACAGCAUACUCUCUUGCUGAAGAAUAUCAUCUCUCAUACAGAACAUUGAAGCAAGUGAAGACAAUGAGUUCAGUAAAAUUAGUAGACUUUGACUGGGCUGGCAAGAUUGGGGAAGCCAUCUACCCACCCCUUAUGAAUCAUGAAAUCAGUUGGCAUCCAGAGGUAAAGUUUGGUGCAGAAAUCCGGCCGGAACAUGACUUACAUAUGCUGAAUAGAGAGCUUAACAACCUUUCCAAGAGUUGA